GUUACGCUACGUGCCUGAUAAUAUAAUAUUACCUUUAUUUGCAUCACAAGUACGACUGCUGUCACCAGACGUCGACACUGUACAUUUGUCAUCACGGAUUCACAAGUUGACUGCAAGUGUUGUUGUUUGAUGAUUGCUAGGAAAGAGCUAAAUAAAUUCAUGAACAUUCCUGUUUGUCUGCGAAUCUGGACCCGAUUCAUUUACCAUAAAUAUCGCGGAAAUCUAGUGCACCAUACGCAAUUGUGUGGAUACUGCCUACAUGAUGAUUUCCGAAAAGGAACAACCGAUUUCUGCUGAAGACUCGAUCGUCGAGUUUUCCGCAAGUGAAGAUGAGUGGUACCCAACAAGUAAAUCUGAUUCUAAAGGAUGUUUGGAUUCUAAAUCUGCUCCUAAGGAUAAAUUCAAAACUGCAAGGAAACGAAAACCUGCGGAUGUGGGAACAAAAAAUCUUCAGCCAACAAGGAUCUCUAGGAGAAUUGCCAAUCGUUUGGGUAAGAUAAUCCCCGAAGUGGAAUGUCAAUCUGUCACUGCCACGGAAAACGAAUCAUCCACCUCUGAUUCAGAAACGGAGAGCAGGAAUAUUUCGAAAAAAACAAGUACUGUAAAAAGGGGUCGGAAACCGAAAUCGAUUAAGGAAGCGCCAAUAAAGCUGACAACAUUUUCAGUAGAAGAAUUGUACCGAAAGUAUAGGCCGGAUCUAGCCGGUAAGCCCGAAACGAAGAUUGCGAAAAUUAAUCGAGUGAAACUGAAGGAACACAAUGACGAUGAUAGUAGUGGCGAUGAUUAUCUGGUAGAUCCAGCUGAUCUGGAUUUGAAUUCAGAUUUUUUCACACUAUCUCAAACAUCAGUUGCUCAGGACUCUAAAUCAUUUGAACCAAUUGUUUGCGAUACUAGACUCGAAAAGCAUGAAUCUAGUGACAGUGAUGAAGAUAAUAUACCUUUGAAAUGCUUGAAAAAAGAGAGAAUUGAUUCUUCGGAAUUUAGCAAAAAGCUGAUUGAACAAAUUAAUCAAACCAAUCAGCAUUGUAUGAAUAUGAUUAAGUUGGCAGAAGUAUCGCACACAGCACGAUCAUCGGAAGUUAAGGGUGAAGAAAAAGUAUCAGAGUUGCUGCUAGCAGGAGAGAAAAUCAGUGGCUUACCAUCUACACAAAAUUUGCCUGUUGAAAAGGAAGCAAAAAAACAAGACAAACAUAUUGAAAUAACCAUCAAGCUCGAUUCUGUGGGGAUUGGAACACAGCAGGAGAAAAAAAUAGAUCUGUUGACAGCCGUUAAACGGUUUAUGAAUCGUGAAAAGCGUCAAAACCAGAUCGAUCUCCAUAAAGUUUCGAUACUAUGUUGGAUCGGCCACGGAACAUUUCUCAACAGAACCAUCGCUGAUAGCAAACUAACUCAGUUGAUCAUCAAACGACUGCUGCCAUCCGCGACGUGUCGCCCGAAAGGACUCACAAAUGUUCAUUACUUUGAACAGAUAACACGAUACUUCAGGAAGGUCGUUAAACUGAAAUACAGCGAAAUGUAUUUCAAGGCACAGAAACUUCCGCCACUGAAAGCAAUAUUAAAGUAUCAAAUCCUUCAGCGCUCGGCAUUUUCCAAGCGCGAUUUCGUGCUACUUUUCCUCCUGAUGCUUCGCAGUUUACAAAUCCAUAGUCGGUUGGUGAUUUCGCUAGUAGUACCGCCCAAGCAUGUUCCCGCCGGUGAGUUGUAUCGGAUGAUGCCUCAAACGCGCGAAGAACUGGAGGCCGAUCGGCGUUUGCUUUCCGAUUUUCUGCGAGCCCCCAAGCACAGCACCAUUUUCAAGGUGAAGGAAAAAUUAAACGCCAUGGUCAGAAAAGAUUCCGCACAGGUUCGGAAGAGAGCGGCCAGGAAAAUUCGUUAUGAAGGGUUUUCCUCGACCAUUUCACAAAAUGAUGGUUGCAACGAUUUCGUCGAAUCUCGUGCACGAGAAAAUGUAAAACAACUAGUGGAUCGUUUUGUGGAAAUGGAACAAAAUGUCACUUCCGAGUUGGCGAAGAAAUCGGACAAAGUGCGGACAACGUUUGCUGCUAAUUUGGAUGAAGAAGUACGACAACGUCGUGAAAAGAUACUGCUGGCUUAUCGUGCUUCUAAAGAGCGAAAUAGAGUAGCUAAAGCUAAGGCCCAAGCGCAGGACGAAAGCUGCAGUUCGUCAACGCUAAAAUCCAAAGUUAGGGUUAAACGAAAAAAACUUAAUCAAGCAAAUUCCCCGGGCGUAGAUAUAUGGCUUGAGGCGUAUUGCGAAAAUGAGGAUAAAUGGAUUACCAUAGAUGUGCUCAACAACAAGGUGCACUGUUUGGAGGAUAUUGUGACCCAAGCCAGCCAACCCAUCUCGUACGUACUGGCAUGGAACAACGACGGUACGAUCAAGGAUGUCUCGCCUCGGUACAUCUCACGGUUAGGCAGCAAGAAAAGCAAACUACGCGUCGAGGAUAGCUGGCUCGAACGGUCUCUCAUGCCAUACCGUCCCAGUCGUUCUACCCGUCGUGAUCGCAGCGAGGAUCUGAAGUUUGAAAAAUUACUUAACAAACGCCCCUUCCCCGAGCAGAUUGGGGAGUACAAAAAUCAUCCCCGCUUUGCCAUCGCGCGUCAUUUACUGCGAAACGAGGCGAUAUAUCCGCGAGAUGCUAUCAUCCUGGGGUACAUCAAGGAUGAACCGAUUUACCCCCGAGAUUGUGUCCAUGUGCUAUUCUCAAGAGAAGGUUGGCUGCGCCAAGCGAAAACGGUGCAGCUUCAUGAAGAACCGUACAAAAUAGUGAAGGCGAAGGCGAGAUACGAUCGUUUGACGGGAACUUCGAUCACUGGGUUGCAAACGGAACUGUUCGGCAUGUGGCAGGUUCAAGAUUAUGAGCCGCCCGUCGCUGAAAAUGGAGUAGUUCCAAGAAGUGCAUAUGGCAAUGUGGAGCUCUUCAAACCAUGUAUGUUACCAAAAGGAACUGUACACCUGCAGUUACCAGGCUUGAACAAGAUAUGUAAGCGAUUACGGGUUGAUUGUGCACCGACGAUCACUGGAUUUGAGUACAGAAACAACGCUUGUCAAGCAGUGUAUGAUGGAUACGUUGUUUGUGCGGAGUUCCGCGAUCAGGUUAUCGACGAAUGGUACCAAGAACAAGUAGAACUUGAGCGAAAAGAAGAUGAGAAGGUCAAGAAAAGAGUUUAUGGUAACUGGAAGCGACUAGUGAUGGGUUUAUUUAUUCGUAAGAAAUUAAAAGAUCGUUAUAACUUUGAUAAUAUUUAGAACGUCACAGGGGUCUUGUUUUCAGCUAAGUAUGUUUGGUAUUUUUGUAAAUCAAUUUAUGUUUUGAAAUAUAGUAAAUGUCAUAAGAACAAAAAUGUAAAC